AUGGUCCGAUACGCAGCUACCAGUAUCGACAACGCGAAGUCCGCUCGCGCCCGCGGCUCCUACCUGCGCGUCUCCUUCAAGAACACCCGGGAAACUGCCCAGGCGAUCAAUGGCUGGAAGUUGCCCCGCGCCAUUGCCUACCUCGAGAAUGUGAUUGAGCACAAGGAGGCCGUGCCCAUGAGGCGGUAUGCUGGAAGCACUGGACGAAGCGCACAGGGCAAGCAGUUCGGUGUCUCCAAGGCCCGCUGGCCUGUCAAGUCCGCCGAGUUCCUUCUCGGUCUGCUCAAGAACGCCGAAGCCAACGCCGACACCAAGGGUCUCGAUACCAGCAACCUCCAGGUCAAGCACAUCCAAGUCAACCAGGCCCCCAAGCAGCGGAGACGCACUUACCGUGCUCACGGCAGAAUCAACCCCUACAUGUCCAACCCCUGCCACAUUGAGCUGAUCCUUACCGAGGGCGAGGAGGUCGUCCAAAAGUCUCCAGAGGUUGUUGGCCGCGAGCAAGCCCGCUUGAACUCGAGGCAGCGUGGUGCACGCACCCGCAGGGCCAUCACCGCUGCGUGA